AUGGGAGCCGUUCUGGGUCUGUGCUCCAUGGCCAGCUGGAUCCCCUGCCUAUGUGGCAGCGCCCCCUGCCUGCUGUGCCGCUGCUGCCCCAGCGGUAAGAGUUCCACCAUGACUCGCCUCAUCUAUGCCUGCUUCCUGCUGCUGGGAGUGGCUGUGGCCUGCAUCAUGUUGAUGCCUGGCAUGGAGGCCCGCCUCCAGAAGAUUCCAGGCCUCUGCGAAGGAGGAAGCGGUUCAACCUUCCAUGUUAUAGAGGGCCAUGUCAACUGUGACGUCCUGGUGGGCUACAGGGCCGUGUAUCGGGUUUGUUUUGGGAUGGCCAUGUUCUUCUUACUCUUCUCUUUGCUCAUGAUUAAAGUAAAGAGCAGCCAAGACCCUCGAGCAGCGCUUCAUAACGGAUUUUGGUUUUUCAAGUUCAUAGCAGCUCUUGGCAUCACCAUUGGAUCGUUUUUUAUCUCAGAGGGACCUUUCACCACGGUGCUGUUCUACAUGGGAAUGGCGGGAGCUUUCUGCUUCAUCCUCAUCCAGCUGGUGUUGCUCAUCGACUUUGCUCAUUCCUGGAAUGAGUCCUGGGUGGAGAAAAUGGAAGAGGGCAACUCUCGCUGUUGGUAUGCAGCCCUACUUUCAGUCACUGCACUGAACUACCUGCUGUCCCUCGUCUCUCUGGUCCUCUUCUACGUCUACUACACCCAUUCUGAGGGCUGCACUGAGAACAAGGUCUUCAUCAGCAUCAACCUGCUUCUCUGCGUCUCGGCCUCCGCCAUUUCCAUCCUACCGCAGAUUCAGGAGUCCCAGCCCAGGUCUGGCCUGCUUCAGUCCUCCCUGGUCACCCUUUACACCAUGUACCUGACAUGGUCUGCAAUGACCAACGAACCAGACAGGAAGUGUAACCCCAGCCUGCUGGGUAUUAUUGGGUUGAACGCCACCAGCACCCAGGCUCCAGACCAUGUGGUCACAUGGUGGGAUGCUCAAGGGAUUGUGGGACUGCUUCUUUUCCUCAUGUGUGUCCUGUACUCCAGUAUCCGUAACUCCUCCAACGCUCAGGUCAACAAGCUGACUCUGACCACGGAUGAGUCGGCUCUGAUCGAGGAUGGCACGCAGACGGACAGCUUUGAGGAGGGCGGCGGACCCAGCAGAGCCGUAGACAACGAGAAGGACGGGGUCACCUAUUCAUACUCCUUCUUCCACUUCAUGCUUUUCCUGGCAUCCCUCUACAUCAUGAUGACGCUCACUAACUGGUACAGCCCGGACUCCGCCUACGAGACCAUGACCAGCAAGUGGCCGUCCGUCUGGGUGAAGAUCUCCUCCAGCUGGAUCUGCAUCGGCCUCUAUGUGUGGACGCUGGUGGCUCCGCUGGUCCUGGUCAACAGAGACUUUGACUGAAAGCCGCUUUCCUUCCUCCAUCAACAGCAUAGCAGACCUGCUGCCUCCCACUCAGAGGGAGGGGGGGCGCUUAGUGAAGAGUAAAACAUUUGUGCAUGAAAGCGUUUCCAUUCAUUGCCAGUUAGACAAACCUUGCUGUUGUUUUACUGCCUUGUAAAUGCGUUGAUUUUACUGUUUUAUCCAAAGCUAGUCGAUGUUUCUGUUUUAACAGUUUCUGCAGCUUCUAGGUGCCGAUGUGUUAAUUAGCUGUAGGUGUUAGCCUGACCACAAUCUCUGUUCUGUAUAGAAAUAGAGGAACCAUGUUCUACGGUGCAUGAGCAGUGCUGUCGUGUUUUCCUGGAUUAUUUGCAGCUUACAUAUGUAUUACAGACACCUGUAGUGACAUGUGCUGUGUAAAAAUAAUAAACUCCUUUGUGUUAUUAG